CACCUUAGCGCUGGUGCGGAAACUCACCUGAGAUUUAUAGCCUAAUCUGCCUUGUUAAACGCAUCCCUCACUGAACUUCACAACAAUAUGAAGAUAUGUUUUUCAAUUAUUUUAUUCUUGUUCAUCACAGAAGGUGUGUUUGGUGUUGAUCCAGAUAAAGUAAAGACAGUGACAGAGGGAGAUUCUGUCACUCUUCAGGCUAAUUUCACUGAAAUGCAGAAAGACGGUCUAAUAGAGUGGAUAGUUAAUGGCACUAACAUAGCAACAAUCAAUAAAGGAACUGGUAAAGUUAAAUAUAAUGAUGAUAAAUUGAUGGUGAUGUUUAGCGACAGACUUAAUCUGGAUCCAACUGGAUUUCUCACCAUCUGGAACAUCAGAAUCAAACACUCGGGUGAAUAUAAAGUAGGGAGCAUCAGCACUGCAGGCAUCAAAUCCCAUAUGUUCAAAGUGAUUGUGACAGAAUCCUUACUCAAGUCUGUUGAAGAUAAAUAUGAAACAAAGGCAUUGUCAUCAACAAAGGGAAAUUCUGAGACUCUACACAGUGAAACUGAACUACAGAAACAUGAUCUAAUACUGUGGAGAUUUGGAGCUGAAGGAUCUCUCAUUGCUAAAAGUGAUACAGAAGACAAUCAUACAUCAUACUAUGCUGGUGACGACAGGAGAUUCAGAGGCAGACUGGAGCUGGACAGUAAGACUGGAUCUCUGACCAUCACAGACCUCGAAACUGAACAUGCUGGGGAAUUUAGACUAAAGAUCAUCAGUGACAGAAGGAUCUUAUUCAAAAGAUUCAUUGUUACUGUCUCUGUGCCAGGUUUGCCACCAGGUGCUAUUGCAGGAAUAUGUGCUAGUAUUGCUCUGCUGGUGGCUGCAGCUAUAGCUGCUGGUGUUGUGAUUUAUUUUCGGCACAAGUUCUCUGAACUAAAAAAACUAAUAGCAAAGGUCUCUGAACAACUAGAGAAACUACCAAAUAUGUCUACAGAUCUAGAGCAAUUGUUGAAACUCUUCAAAGAGUUGUGUGAGAUCUCUGAAAAAAAGGAACAGCUGGGUGUCUUUGAAAAUGAAAUAGCGAAGAUCACUGAAAAACUAAAGAAGAUGUCCCAUCUCUAUGAAAAAGAAUUACCAAAGAUCUCUGAACAUCUAGAGCAACUGCGUGAAGAGAAGAUCCCUGAACGACUGUACGAGAUCUCAGAAAAACUAAAGGAAAUGUGCAAGAAACCUGUACAACAAGACCAACUGCCUUUGACAGAUGAUGUGGAGACCACUAAACAAGAAACAUGUGAUGAUGUCACAAAAGAAGAGACAACGAGACCAGAGAUGGAGGAAGAUGAAAGGGAAUCACACAUUUAUGUUGAAGAGACUGCCAUAAGUAAAACGAGAGGAAGGACACAUGGUGGGAGUUUCAAACUAAAGGAAGGGAAGAGCGUUGUAAUCAGAGGUGAACAUACACAUGAAACAUCAGUCAAGUGUAAAUGAAAAAACACCUUUAAUGAGCUGAAAGAAAGAGGAUGGAGCGAAUAAGCAGCAGCAGAAGAAACACCUUUAAAGUUUAGUAAGAUAAGACACUUCCACCAGUGUCAAUCACUGUGACAUCAUCAACAUUUCAGCUCUGUCUUUUGCAAACCUCUAGAAUCCAGUUGUAGUGUUUAAAAAGCUUCUUUGAUUUCAGAUAAACAGAGAAAUGUGUUGAUGAAUACACAAUUUGUCCCCAAUUUGCAAAUUAUAUCAGCAGUCUCUUGGAGUCUUACACUUCAGCUAGGUCACUAUCUAUGCCUUUUCAGCAGUAGGUUCACAAUUGUGGAAUGUCUUGUAUAUCUGGCAGGCUCCUUCCAUUUUUUAGUCUGCCUUUUGAAAGUAGAGAUUUGAUUUGCAGACCUCUUACAAAUGUUUAUUUUAUUUGUGUGUUAGUUAUGUGUGUGUAUUUUUUUCACUUUGGACAACAAAGUUGCAUUAGUGCUAUGUAAAUAAAUAGAAGUUACAGUUGAACAUUGAAACACUACAUACCUGUUACCUUUUUAACAUAAAACAAUUUUGAUUAUAGAUAGAUAGAUAGAUAG